AGUAUAGACAGACUAUAGAGUGUAUUUCCUUUGUUAUUAUUUUAUUUUCCUUUUUCUGUCUUAUUUCCUCAACCUUUUUCUCUUAGUUGUAUAAUUAAUAUUUUGUCGGUUGCUGAGAUAUUUUCCACAGCUUCCGAGAAAAGAAAGAGCAUAUCGUCUCUGAAGCUAGAACCAACAAUCCGAGAAGGAAAAAUAAUGGCGGAUCAGCUAACGGACGAGCAGAUCUCUGAGUUCAAGGAAGCUUUUAGCCUCUUCGACAAGGACGGAGAUGGUUGCAUCACUACCAAGGAGCUGGGAACAGUGAUGCGAUCUCUAGGACAGAACCCAACAGAAGCUGAGCUCCAAGACAUGAUCAACGAGGUGGACGCAGAUGGCAACGGAACAAUCGACUUCCCUGAGUUCCUAAACCUAAUGGCUAAAAAAAUGAAGGACACAGACUCAGAGGAAGAGCUCAAAGAAGCCUUCAGGGUGUUCGACAAAGACCAGAACGGUUUCAUAUCCGCUGCAGAGCUACGCCAUGUCAUGACGAAUCUUGGAGAGAAACUGACCGAUGAAGAAGUUGAGGAAAUGAUCCGUGAAGCUGAUGUUGAUGGAGAUGGUCAGAUAAACUACGAGGAGUUUGUCAAGAUUAUGAUGGCUAAGUGAUGUAAGAAAGUAAGGUGGUGAUGACCUUUUACUAUCUACCAAAAAAAAAAAGAUUCGAUCUGUGAUUGAGUUUAGUAGUUGUUAAGGUUUAAUAGACUGAAUUUGCGACAAUAUCUUUUUACUUUGUGGGUUUUUAUUUGUUUGCAUGUUGUAGAUUUUGGUAACUAGGGUGGUUGCAAAAACAAAUUGAUAUCUCGUGGCCUUGCCUUCUGCGUAUUAAUGGGUAUCAAAGUGAUGGACA